GGUGGGGGAAAAAAAACGCAGCUCUGGGUGAUGGUGAAGAUGGCGGAUGGGGAUAGCGGGAGUGAGCGCGGUGGAAGCAGCGGCGGAGGAGGAAGCGGAUUCCAGCCUUUCCAGAGGGAUCAAGAGACCCAGGAGCUGGCGUCCAAACGGCUUGACAUCCAAAACAAGCGCUUCUAUCUGGACGUGAAGCAAAACUCGAAGGGCAGGUUCAUCAAGAUCGCCGAGGUCGGCGCUGGGGGCUCCAAAAGUCGCUUGACACUUUCCAUGUCUGUCGCGGCGGAGUUUCGGGACUACCUGGGGGACUUCAUCGAGCACUACGCACAGCUCGGACCCAGCACCCCGGAGCAGAUCGCUCAGUCCUCCAGCGGCGAGGACGGCGGGCCUAGACGGGCCUUGAAGAGCGAGUUCCUAGUGAGGGAAAACCGCAAAUACUACCUCGAUCUGAAAGAGAACCAGCGGGGGAGGUUCCUCCGGAUCCGUCAGACCGUCAACCGCGGGCCUGGUGGCUUUGGCGUCGGAGGAGGUGUGCCCGGGGGCGGCAUGCAAUCCGGGCAAACCAUCGCCCUUCCAGCUCAGGGUCUCAUCGAGUUCCGCGACGCUCUGGCUAAACUGAUCGACGACUACGGCGGGGACGACGAGGAGCUGGUCGGCGGCGGCGGCGGCGCGGGAGGCUACGGGGAGCUCCCUGAGGGCACGUCAAUCUCGGUGGACUCCAAGCGGUUCUUCUUCGACGUGGGCUCCAACAAGUACGGGGUGUUUCUGCGGGUGAGCGAGGUGAAGCCCAGUUACAGAAACUCUAUCACGAUACCCUUCAAAGCCUGGAGCAAGUUCGGCGGAGCGUUCUGCCGCUACGCCGAGGAGAUGAAGGAGAUCCAGGAGCGGCACAGAGAUAAAGCGUACGAACGGAGAGCUGGAGAAGAGUCGGAGGGCGACGACUUGGAUGACGACUGAACCGCACAGAGCGAGAACCGCGCGCGCAGGAGGGGAAAGAAUUACCGUGCAUGAAACGAAGAACAUUAACGCUCCACGGCGAAUAAAGAGGUCUGACUGAUAAACACUGUCAUGUAUAUGUAAGAGAAUCCUGUUUUUAAAAGCAGUAUAGAUGUUUGGCUAGAUAAAUGGAUAUUUCUGCUGGCUGCUCUAUAGGUCUUGUCAUUUUGAAAGUUCUCCCCUUUACAAAGAAAAAAAAAACACCCUUUCACCCAGAGACUUGAGUUACUGAGUUCACAAACGAGUCGACAGGGAUGUUUAGUGUUAGUGUAUCAAGAUUCGAUGAAUAUGUCUACUAUAAGUGUUUUUGGUGUUGUUCCAUAUGAUGGAGAGCAAACCAGCAUCAUCUGAAUGAUGUGGUGUGAAUCUCAUAACUAGCUCAUUCAGGACGUUUUCUCUGCUAAUUCGUGUGUAUAUAUACAUAUAUAUAUAUAUAUAUAAAAGACUCAGAUCAAACAGUGUAAAAAUUGGAGGUUGUUAAAGAGUUCAACUUGUGGACACACAAUACAGUUCAAGCAACAAUGUACAAACAGUUAAAAUGGUGCUUUAAAACUGUGCUCCGCCGGCCCACUGUGAAGACAGAGUUUCACACGGGCCAGUGAGUUUAUUUUGUUUUCCUCUUGCAUCUUGAGUGCAAAUUACUCUUGAUUGUAUGUCAUAAAUUGGGAAGUGCAUUGGUGCUGAUACCACUAAAUUUACCAUCGAUACUGGGUUUGAUUUGGCUCUUCCCUUAAAGGGAAUGAUACUGGUUUGCCUGAUAGGCAAACAUCCAACUGGGACAAAUUUAGUAGUUUUCGAAUUUAACACAUGGAGAGCUUUGGUGACAUAACUGGAAAGGAAAUCAAAUGUAGAACAACACCCAACUGGGUUUAAAUAGAUUUAUUUUUAAAAACAAUAUACAGAAAAAAAUUAUAUAUAUACAGAAAUAUAUUUAUAUAUAGACAUCAAUAUAGAAUCAAUUAUAAAUGCUUCCUGAACAGGCUAUUUAAAACAAAUAAAACUCGGAUGCAAUUAUAUCUAGGGAAAUAUUUCGUACUGGUUUUCCAUACAUUUCCUAUAGUCUUUAUGGUUUGAAGAACAUAUAAAAUUAAUGACCGAAUUGUGAAAUAUACAAACUAGACUUGAAAAGGUUCUCAAUUUAGUUUGUAUUCCAUUUUUCAGCAACCCAAAUGAAAAUAUAACACUAAUCUUUAUUUUUUUUUUCUCAACAGUCUGUUCCUCUGUAUAUUAAGUCACAUUUCUAAGUCUUACUGCGACCUGUUUUCUCCUCUUCUCCCAGAUCUGUCAAAAUGUGUGUGCCUGUUAGCAACUCUUCCCUCUGUUAUCCUUCUCUUACUGAUAUUGAGUGGGUGUUAUACAUUUUAUGAUCUGAUCAGAGAAAAAGGAGUGAAAUCCCUUUCCUGACCGUUUUAAUUUUCAGGCCUUCUGUAACCACAAGAAUUAGCCAUACACACCACCUGGGAAGCCAUAGUGAUUUUUUUACUAAUUUCACUAUUCAUAUAAGUUUUGACCUCAUUCUUGUCUGUACUGUGUUAUGUGAUAAAGGCAGCUGUUCAGUCUUGUGUACUGCUGUAAUUCUCCACAGACUUCCUUUGAACAAUAAAUAGAAUUUCUUUACUGAGAA